CGCAAUAUUACCCUUCCCCACGUCCGCAGACGAUCAAGAGUGCUCACCACUGGAGCGCUCAUGAACGCACCCCAACUCCUGGUAGGCCCUGCCCUCAUCUCUCUACUGAGCGUCUCUCUCUCUCUGUGUUAAAUCUCUGCCGAUGUGUGUGGGGCUUACUGCGUGCAGGGGUCACAUCACUGGCUCUGAGGUCUUCAGUGUGAGUGCUAAGGUCGCCCUGUCUCUCUUUCCCAUGCGGACAGUCAGGCGAGCGAAGCCCUGACAAGCAUAUUCCCUGCCCAACUCCCAAGGGCCCCGUCCGAUGAGAACAUGCCAAGCUGUGCUGUCAUGCUGUCUUGAAGGCUUAGCUUCAGGGGACCAGCACGCGUAGCCCCACGAACAUCGUAGGCAAAAAGAAGAUGCCGAGGCACACUUCAUGCGUAUCUGUGUGCCCUGCUUCUUAAGACUUGACCUCCGGGUGCCUCGAUUGGCCAACACUCGCGCCUUCGAACGAUGUCGCUAUCUUUUUCUCUCUCUCGGCUUCCAUCGCUUGCCCGUAUCUCGAAGAUGACGACGGCUCGUGUGGCCCCUGAACCACAGACGAUGGCCAAGACGACAAAGAAGGAGCCCGAGUACAUUGUGAAGAUUCGAGAGGCAUCGGCGGCAUCGACAGUCGAAGGGGCCGGGCGGGUGGUCCAGGAGCGUUUCUGGCAGCUGCCUACCCUGUUCUUCGUCAUGCUUUCGGCUCCUUGCGGGGUCUUCCUGUACUUUUUCCUCAGCAGCGUCGCCCAAGGAGACGAUUUUUGGAUGCGCAUGAUGUGGAUGGGGCUCUUUGUCAUCUGGUACAUCCUCUAUCUCAUUCUGACGGCUUUGGUCGGCCCCAUUUCUCUCCACCUGCGCCGUCUGGUGUCAUGCUAUCGCUGGAGUCCAACCGCCGCCUUUGCAUUGAUCCAAAAGGCCCGUCCCUACUGCGUCAUCACCGGCAAGAUCAUCCGUGUCGGCUGCUGUCGAGGCAAACGAGAAGGGGGAUGGGUGAAAGUGGGAGUGCUUGGGGCCGUCCACGAUAUGACGCCUGAGCUGCCGCCGACAUCGAAUCUCUUCGAGCGCUUCCUGCUCAUUCGACUGAGAAUCUACCUGUGUCCGGUCUAUGGCGAGAGUGUCGAUGCGGAUGUGAAUCACAUUCUAAAGGACUUCAAGCAAAGCUUCAUCACGAAGGCGAAGCGAUUCGAGAUACCAAAAGCCGAGCGGCCGGGCGAUCGCGACGACUUCACCGUUCAAUGGAAACUCAAAGAAUUAGCCCCUUCGUUGAUCCGAGGCGCACGACUUUCAUACGAGUCGCGACGAGUGCCGGUGCUGAUGCUGUACAACGAGGGGAAGAACGGCGGACCCACCUCCCCAUUGCUGUCCCUUCCCGUGGCACUCCUGAUGUGGAUCCUGUGUCUCGACUUCCCCUACCGCUUGUUCCUCGAAGUCUUCUGCACAGGCAAGCAGAGGCUACUAGAGGGUGGACCGCAGUCCGAGUAUCAUGAUGUCUCGUUUGUCUCUUCCUGGUUAGGCCGCCUCGACGUGGAAGUAAUCAAGAAGGUUCACAAAAUCAGUGACGAGAAUGGGCGAUUCCACAUACGCUUUAUCGAUUCACAUCACCGGUUCGAGAAGGCGUACACCGUCAUUGAGUACAUGGACAUGUACGAUGACUAGGACCAGCAUCGGAGCAUAAACGCGGAGGUGAGCUGAGAGAUGUCCCAGGUCGAGUCAUGCAUACGUCUCUGUGCACCUUGACGCAUGUUCAGGUCAGCUUUAGGUUGACAGCUGUGAACUGUGCCGGUUCCGAGUGAAUUACGUCGUUGAGACUCGUUCUAUGCGCUGUGGCGUAUGCAUGAUAUGGCUUGAGACGCUCACUCAUGUGUAUUAUACGUGAAAAUAUAAUAUGCUGUCUCGGUACGCCAACAGAGAGCAGAGGCAGCGAUUAGCAGAGAGGAGAGCGAGACAAAAAGACACGGGGUAAGCUUAUGUACAUCAAGUAAGUCCCGACAAAGAGACCCAGCCAGCCAGCCAGCCAUCCAUCCAGCCAUUUGUGUGUCCGCUUGAGAGUCGAGUUGGACUCACUUCCUCAGUGAAUGAGUGACUUGUUCAUGUCUGUCUGCCCGUGUAAGGGGUACAAAUGGGUGGCGCGAUGCGGACAAAUGGAUAGAUGGAUUGACAGACAACAUACUGG